GGCGACCAUACUAAUUCCAAUACUUCACCCGGCGUUCCCCAGUCCGUUUAUCAUCUACGGGACAGGGAAAGAAACCCAGAGGAUCCCGAGGAGUCUGGUUUGGGAUCAGGUAUGAGGACUCCAAGGAGUAACAACAGCCCGGCGCUGGAGACAGCUGUCGAAAGCAGCUUGCCCGGGACACCAGCAAUCAGCACUAGCAAAACCUUGACGGAACAAGUGGCAGCCCUCGUUAACCGACAACAGCAUAAUACAAUCCCCGAAGAGCCAGAAGGGGGAACGCGAGGUUGUUGGGGGGCAAGGAAGCAUAGAACCGGCUCGAUAGCGUCUUCGAUAGCACCACGAUCGCAAGCGGAAUCCGAAUCAGUGUCGGAUUACAAGAGCAAGGAGAAAGUAGCUUAUUCCAACAACAGCAACAGUAGAGCUCCACCUCCAUCGCAACUAUUUGCCAGGAGACCUCCUACAGCCACGGGAUCAAAUAACUUUCCCAGGAAUAUGAGGGUGGAAACAGAAACAGUGAGCUCAGUUCCGCAGGUCGCUGUAGGGGCUGCUGGAGUGCCUGGGGGGGCAGGCAUCAGGAGCGAAAAUAGCAAUGAUACAAUACGGGCACCUAAGAAGGACAAGAAGAAACCAACGAAGCGUGUUGGAGGCGGAGGGCCUGCUAACCCAUGGAGCAAAGCGGACCUGUUCGCAAGGAGGGUCGCCGAGGCAGUUGACGAGGCAAAUUCAUCAGAUUCCGAGGAAACCUUUGUCUACGAAUCGAACCCCCCUGAGGCACCACAGAAACCCACCAAAAGAUUCCAUUCACGAACCCCAAGCGCAACAUCAAUACAAGGGGGACCAGAUCGGGGAUUGCGGUUACCUCUGCUUGGUUCGAUGGAUGGAAAUCAGAGCGCUGGGAGAAAUGGGAUGAAGUUCGCCAACACUUCAGGGGCUAGCAAUACUAAUGCAGCAAGUGAUGGGGCAACGGAGAAGCAAGCGGCGAUAGAGAGGGAGGAGGAGGGGGAUCGGGGCCAUCGGCAGCUGUUGGGGGAGCUGGUGGCUCAAGGCCGGAGGGACAGUCAGGCUCCGGACAAAAGGAAAAGGGCGGGAAUUCCAGGGGUCAGAAUGGGCAUCGGGCUCUGCUCCCGAGUCUCCGUUUUCAUUGUCACAUAA